AUGUUCUAUGAGAACAAUCUAAAGGUGGAGAGGAAAUAUUACAACACACUGACCUGUAAAACCACCUGUACUCUGACUGGUAACCCCACCUACAUCUGGUACAAGAACGGACAACAUCUAGAUGAGAGCACCUCCCCCCAGUACAAAUACUCAGUCUCCAGUAACUAUGAAGACAGCUUCUCCUGUGCUGUAAAAGGCCAUGAGGAUCUCCACUCUCCUGCAGUGUGUUUCCUCUUAGAUAUCCUGUUGGAGAUGGAUCCUACGUCUGUGUCAGUGGGGGAGAGAGUCACACUGAGAUGUAGAACCCAAUGUACAGUCGGUCUCAACCCCACCUACAUCUGGUACAAGAACAGACAACAUCUAACCAACACAAUCACCAAUAACAGCCUGAUCCUAGACCCAGUCACCAGUUAUAACAGUCUGAUCCUAGACCCAGUCAGCAGUGAGGAUGCAGGGAACUACUCCUGUGCUGUAAAAGGCUUUGAGAGAAUCCUCUCUCCAGAAGAGACUCUCACUGUCAGAUACGCUCCACAGAACACCUCAGUGUCAGUCAGUCCCUCUGGUGAAAUAGUGGAGGGCAGUUCAGUGACUCUGACCUGCAGCAGUGAUGCCAACCCACCUGUGGACAAAUACACCUGGUACAAGAAGAACGUAGCCUCACCAAAAGCAUCAGGACAGAGUUACAGCAUCACUAACAUCAGCUCUGAGAACAGUGGAGAAUACUACUGUGAGGCUGAGAAUAAAUAUGGACGUCUCAACUCUUCUUCUGUGUCUGUGGACGUUCAGUGUAAAUACACCUAA